GGAAAGAGAAAGGGCAUAGCUUUAGCUUUUCUCUCUUUCGUGUAACGUGUAGUAUAAUAACCAGUCCUUUUCCAGCAAACAUCCAGCUUGCCGUUUUCUUUCUAGUUUUUACUCUUUCAUGGUUCCUCUCCCAUGUGACUAGCGCUCUCCUUCCCUUCACUACCCCAUCUCUCUCUCUCCUUUUUAUUAAUUAUUUAUUUUCUCUACAAAUUCCUUUGAUAAUCCAAGCACACGCAUUUAGAAAUCAACCAAAUCUAAGUCCUCCCUCUAUUUUGCCUCCCUUUCUUUCUCACAUAUUCAGUUCCGGGAGCAAAAAUCGUAAAUAGCAGAUCAAAUUAAAGCAUGAAGAAGCUGAUUUUGGAGCUUUUGGAUUAUGGGUUUUCCUGUUCAUGUUUUUUUGACAAGUGAGGUACUGUAAAUUUCUAUGUUUUGUUAGAUUCUUUUGUUUUUUUCUUGGCAAGGAGUGCUAAGGGUUUGUAGAGAAAGAUAUUGGGUUUUCUUGUUUUGGUAUAAUGAGGGACUUCCCUUCUUGUUUUGGUGAAAGUGGAGUUCAAGUAGCUGAUUCAUCAGCUUCAAACACCACAAAAGCUGCACAGAAUUUGGUUACUUGUGUUUAUCAAUGUAAAUUACGCGGUCGUUUUUGCUUAAUUACUGUUACUUGGACUAAGAAUCUCAUGGGUCAAGGUCUUAGUGUUGCAAUUGAUGAUUCAGCUAAUCAUUGUCUUUGUAAAGUUGAUAUAAAACCAUGGUUGUUCUCUAAAAGAAAAGGGUGCAAGAAUUUAGAGGUUGAUUCUUGUAAAAUUGAUAUAUAUUGGGAUUUAUCUAAUGCUAAAUUUGGCUCUGGACCUGAACCUUUGGAAGGAUUUUAUUUAGCUAUUGCAUUUAACCAAGAUAUGGUGUUACUUCUUGGAGAUAUGAAGAAAGAAGCAUACAAGAAAAUUGAUAAUGCCUCGAUACAUUCCGCUGCCAUUUUUAUUGCUAAAAGGGAGCAUAUUUUUGGGAAGAAGUUUUAUGGUGCAAAAGCUCAGUUUUGUGAUAAGGGGCAGAUGCAUGAUGUCACAAUCGAAUGUGAUACGGUUGAUCUUAAAGAUCCAUGUCUUGUGAUCCGCAUUGAUAGUAAGAUAGUAAUGCAGGUCAAGAGACUAAAGUGGAAGUUCCGGGGCAAUCAUACCAUAUUGGUGGAUGGGCUCCCUGUUGAAGUCUUCUGGGAUGUCCAUAACUGGUUAUUUGGUAAUGCAAUGGGCAAUGCAGUUUUCAUGUUCCAAACUUGCCUAUCUGCUGAGAAAUUAUGGUCUAGCCAAUCUGUUUUUGACCCCUCUGUAUUGACUUGGUCAUACUCUCAGCGAUUCAGAGACUACCAAUUACAAGGUCUUGGUUUCUCACUUAUAUUGUAUGCUUGGAAGAAUGAAUAAAAGUUUAUGUUCAAUUGUUGAGUUUUUUAGCAGAUACUUCCUGCAAUGUUUUCAAGAAUGAUGUGAUAGAGAUACGGUAAAUGCAAUUAUAAGUUUCUUUUCAUUCCUCUUUUCAA